UCGGAACUUUCCAGGCAAAGACUAGCUAGGCCCUUUGCCUCCAACCGACGCCGUGCCUGCCGCCCGCCUGGGACCCCACCAGGGCCGGGAGAUCCCGCUCUCCCCCCCGCCCCACCGCCGGGCACCGACGCCCCAACUUUUUACGCGCGGUCUGCGCCGCACGACUGGCUGUCGGGCUCCUGUCCUAAGGGGCGUGCGCAUCUUCCGCGUGCCGGCCGCGCCGCGUCCUCUCGGCUGGCCGCCCUGCUCCCGGGACCCGCUGAGGGGCUGGUGUGAGCCAGGAUCGGCCGGGCCCUCGCCUGUUGCCAGCGCUCCGAGUCCAUCCUCGGGGAGGGGCCCGAGUCUCCAAAAGUCAGGGCAGCCCUGUCCUUUUCCUUCCGCACGCGGGCGCGUGUGGCGGGUCGGCGGGGCGACCGCCGGCGGAGGAGCGGGGCGCCGUCGGUGCAGCGCGCCAUGGCGGGCUGCUGCUGCUUGUCUGCCGAGGAGAAGGAGUCGCAGCGCAUCAGCGCCGAGAUCGAGCGGCAGCUUCGCCGCGACAAGAAGGACGCGCGCCGCGAGUUCAAGCUGCUGCUGCUGGGAACUGGUGAAAGUGGCAAAAGCACCUUUAUCAAGCAAAUGAGAAUCAUCCAUGGGUCUGGUUACAGCGAUGAAGAUAGAAAGGGGUUCACGAAGCUGGUUUACCAGAACAUAUUUACCGCCAUGCAAGCCAUGAUCAGAGCCAUGGAUACCCUGAGGAUACAGUAUGUGUGUGAGCAGAAUAAGGAAAACGCGCAGCUCAUCAGAGAGGUGGAGGUGGACAAGGUCGUGGCCCUCUCCGGGGAGCAGGUGGCGGCCAUCAAGCAGCUGUGGCGGGACCCGGGGAUCCAGGAGUGCUACGACAGGAGGAGGGAGUACCAGCUGUCGGACUCCGCCAAGUAUUACCUGACGGACAUUGACCGGAUCGCCAUGCCAUCAUUCGUGCCAACACAGCAAGACGUGCUUCGUGUCCGAGUGCCCACAACUGGCAUCAUCGAGUAUCCGUUUGACUUGGAAAACAUCAUCUUUCGGAUGGUAGAUGUUGGUGGCCAGCGAUCUGAAAGACGGAAGUGGAUUCAUUGCUUUGAGAGUGUCACCUCCAUAAUUUUUUUGGUUGCUCUGAGUGAAUAUGACCAGGUCCUGGCUGAGUGUGACAAUGAGAACCGCAUGGAAGAAAGCAAAGCCUUAUUUAAAACCAUUAUUACCUACCCCUGGUUUCUGAACUCAUCUGUGAUUUUGUUCUUAAAUAAGAAGGAUCUUUUGGAGGAGAAAAUCAUGUACUCUCAUCUAAUUAGCUACUUUCCAGAAUACACAGGACCCAAGCAGGAUGUCAAAGCUGCCAGAGACUUUAUCCUGAAGCUUUAUCAAGAUCAGAAUCCUGACAAAGAGAAAGUCAUCUAUUCUCACUUCACAUGUGCCACAGACACAGAGAAUAUCCGCUUUGUGUUCGCUGCUGUGAAAGACACAAUUCUCCAACUCAACCUGAGGGAAUUCAACCUGGUGUAGAAGCUGCUGCCCACUUCUCACCCAUUCCCCGAGACAGAACCUGCAAGCUCCUCACAUUUUAUUUGCAAGUGCUCGUGACAUCAACCCACCCCCUGGCAGCACCAAGUCCAUCACGCAGGCCACAGGGACAGGUGAUGGACCUUGUGAGAUAUUUGAGUAAAGCAAACUUUUUCAAAGUCUUUAUUUCUGAAUUGUUUUUAUAUUUCUUUUCUUGACUUUUGGCUAUAAGAUUUCAUGUAAGUUUUGAAUUUGAUAUUUUAUAGAAUUUUUUAAAAGCCACUGUGAUUUACUAUUUUUUUUAAGUUAAAGUGUGUUUAAUAAUAGUCCUUAACACAUCCUGUAAUGGAGGGAUCUGUUCAUUUAUAGAUCAUGCCUUGAGACCUCUAGGAUUAAUUUUUUUUUAAAGAAAGUUAAUGGGUUUGAAGCUUUUUAUUCAAUCUUUUAACUUUGAGAUUCUAAAUUUUUCUCUUUGUGCUGAAGCAUGCAUUUAACAUGUCAUCAAAAGAUUUUUAAAGUUUUUUUGAGUUAAAUAUUUCUUUUUUUUUGAGUUAAAUAUUUCUAAGCCACAUUCAUGACUGUAUCAGUAUAUCUUAAUUUUGCCAUAUUUUGAUCACUAUACAGCCAAAGUUGACAUAAAUGGGCUCUAGACAGCAUAUAUGUUGUGUUGAUGAAAUGUAUAUCUGUGUGUAUAUAUGACCAAGUCCUGUAAACUUAUGAAGUGGCUGAAAGCCUAAGUUGUUUAACAAAUGUAACCCCUGCCAAAGUUCCGAUGGCCACCACAGAUUUGCUGUUUGAACCACAUAUGCUGUGCCUUUCUGAGGAGGUUAAGAAUAUACCAU